AUGAAGCAAGAAGAGAUCAAGGCAGAAGACAAUGUUUCCACAGUAACUCAAUUUGUCCUGCUGGGUUUCUCUGACCUUCCCAACAUUCAAAGUUUCCUGUCUGGCAUGUUCUCUGUCAUUUAUAUGAUUAUCUUAGUUGGAAAUUUUCUUAUAAUAAUAAUAACCAAGAUGGACCCUAUAUUACACAAACCCAUGUAUUUUUUCCUGGCAAAUUUUUCUUUUCUGGAAAUCUGUUAUGUAACAGUCACUGUCCCUAGGAUUUUGUUCAGCAUUUGGACUCAAGAUAGAAACAUUUCUACGCUCUUCUGUGCCACUCAGUUGUGCUUCUUCCUUGUUUUUGGAACUACUGAAUGUUUGCUCUUGGCUGUGAUGUCCUAUGACCGCUAUGUGGCCAUCUGCAACCCUCUGCACUAUGCUCUGAUCAUGAACCCGACAAAGUGCACAUGGCUGGCAGUGGGCUCCUGGUUCGGUGGCAUCCCAGUCCAAAUAGGGCAAACCUGUCAGAUAUUCUCUCUGCACUUCUGCAAUUCUAACCAAAUAGACCACUUCUUCUGUGACAUACCCCCCAUUCUCAAGCUGGCCUGUGGCGACACGUCAGUGCACGAAAUGUCCGUGUAUGUCGUUGUCAUGAUGGUAGCUGCUGUACCUUUCAUAUUGGUGCUUACUUCUUACAGCAGAAUCAUUGUCACCAUCCUGAGGUUGCCAACCGCCAAAGGACGGACUAAAGCCUUCUCCACGUGCUCUUCUCACCUGCUGGUGGUGGUUUUGUUUUAUGGAUCUGCUACUGUUACAUACUUAAGACCCAAAUCCACUCAUUCUCCAGGUACAGACAAACUGCUCUCUCUGUUCUACACCAUUUUGACCCCCCUGUUCAACCCCAUGAUAUACAGUCUUAGGAACAAGGAAGUGAUUGGAGCCCUGAGAAAAUUAAUUCUCUUAAAAUAG